GGAGAGAUCUGCUGUGAGUGUGAGCUGAGAAAGAAUUCCAGCUUUCUGAUACCUGCAGUUCCAUCAGGGAGUUCACUCCGGCUGAUUUUGUGUCCCACACUGCUCCUGGUGGCUUCUCCCUAUCAUGGCCCUCCUGGCUGGCACCCUGGCACUGCUGGCAAUGACCGUGGCCACCGUGGCCAUCGAGGUGCUGCCGCUGGACAUGGCCGAGGAUUCCUUCGAUGACCAGUAUGAGGGCUGUGUCCCUGCCAUGAAUGCAAAGUUGCCAGACCUCUACAGCUUCGAGCACCAGAUGAAUUAUCUCUUUGCCAAUGGCUGGUAUCAUGCUGAUGCUGAGUGGCGCAGGCGGGGCUCUCCUGUGUCCCCUCUGGCAUCCCCAUGGCAUGCCAUCGCUCUCCUGGCCUACACGUCACAGGACUUGCACAAAGAGUUCAAUGUGGCUGUGCACAGGGCUGGGCAUUCCCGCCAGGAAUACCGGAACAACUUCCACUUCAAAACACUGCAUUUCCUGCUGACCCAGGCACUGGUGACACUGAGGCACGCUCAGAAUGCCCAGUGUUACCGUGUGUUCCGGGGUGUGAGUAAUGUUCGUUUCCAGGCGCAGGAAGGCCAGAGGGUCCGCUUUGGUCAAUUCACAUCGACAUCAUUGAGCAGACAGAUUGCUGCGCAAUUUGGGAUAAACACAAUUUUUGAGGUGUACACGUGCCAUGGCGCGGACAUCCGUCAGUUCUCCAUGUUUCCAGGGGAGGAGGAGGUGCUGAUCCCCCCAUUCGAGACCUUCAAGGUCACCAAAGUCCUGCAGAAUAGGAAGAUUACAUGGAUCAGUCUCCGCUCCACCGGAACCUUCAGCAAAUACAACUGCGAGUUACAGUGAGGUGGGAGCGUCCCCGGGAUCUUCUGAGCUCUAGGCCACCAAGGUCACCGAGGUCUCUGUGGUCACUGUGGCAGCCGUGGCCACCAUGGUCACCAAGACUCCCUCAGCCCCAAGGCUACCACUGGGACUACUGUGCACACCAAGGUCAUUGUGCAAAGUAAUUCUAAUAAAUAUUUCAAUCAUAAUAAUUCCAUUGAAUAAAUCAGACAAAGCCAGAGAAAACUGACAAUU